GUGAAAGGGGCGUGGCUUCGGGAGAUGAGAGGAAGUAGUUUUUUCGCAUCACGGGGGAAAAACACGUGUUUCUGGAGGAUAGUGAUCCUGCGUGAUGUGUAAAUACUGAACCGGCUUGCGUCUGUAAACAAAGCGUCGUCAUGUCGUCCAAGAAAGAGAUGAGCGCUGAUGAGCGCUUCGCACGCGUCAAGAAGGACCCCCGCUUCUGGGAGAUGCCGGACAUGGAGCAGAAAGUGCGCAUCGACAAGCGCUUCCAGUCCAUGUUCCACGACGAGCGCUUCAAGCUGAAGUACACGGUGGACAAACGCGGCCGUCCCGUCAACCACACCUCCACCGAGGACCUCAAACGAUUCUACAAACUGUCCGACUCGGAGCAGAGCGACACCGACGCACGGGAGGAGCAACAGGAGAAGAGGAAGAAGAAAAAGAAAAAGAAGGCACAAGCAAAGGAGGAGGAGCUUCAAGAUGAAGGGGAGGAGCUUGGAAAGGGGGAGGGGCCUGUGUCUAAUAAAUCCGUAAAGAAAAAGGCGUUAAAAUCUGGUGUGUGUGAGAAGAUCAGGAAAGCUGAGCCAGUUAAAGGAGUGAGAGUCAUGGAAGAAGAAGAUGAUGAUGAAAUUGAGGAGGAGGAGGAGGAUGAUGAAGAAGAAGAAGAAUACAGCGACACUGAUAAAGGAGUAGGUCUUUCCGCUAGCGAUGAUGAUGAUACUGAUGACGACAAUGAAGAGGAAGAUGGUGAGGAAGAAGAUGAUGAUGAUGAAGGCGAGAGUGAGUCGGAGGACGACAGUGACAGUGGUCCUGAUCUGGCCCGAGGAAAAGGCAACAUCGAGACGAGCUCUGAGGAUGAGGACGAUGAGGAGGAUGAGAGGGAGGAUCUCCUGAUGAAUGAGGAAGAGGAGAUUGAACACAACUGGGGGGAGAUGUGGAAGGACGCUCCACGUGCCGAGGAGGUCAGUUGCAGGUUAGCAGUGUGUAACAUGAACUGGGACCGGAUCAAAGCUAAAGACCUGCUGGCUCUCUUCAGCUCCUUCAAACCUAAAGGAGGAGUGGUGCUGUCUGUCACGAUCUACCCCUCAGAGUUCGGUAAAGAGAGGCUGAAGGCGGAGCAGUCUCAGGGCCCACUGGAGCUCACCAGCCUCCCAGACGACCCAGAGGCAGACACUGAGGAUCAGAGGAUCUAUAGGGAGAAGGUGCGAGAUUAUCAGUUUAAGCGUCUGCGUUAUUACUACGCCGUGGUGGAGUGCGACUCGCCCGAAACCGCCGCCAAGAUCUAUGAGGAGUGCGACGGCUUCGAGUACGAGAGCAGCUGCUCCACGCUGGACCUGCGGUUCAUCCCUGACGACAUGACGUUUGAUGAUGAACCCAAAGACACAGCGACAGAUGUGGAUUUGUCCACCUACAAACCCAAACUCUUCACCUCCACCGCCACCACUACAGCUAAGGUGGAGAUAACAUGGGACGAGACGGAUCACGAUCGCAUCACCACCCUCAGCAAGCAGUUCAACAAGGACGAGCUGCUCAACAUGGACUUCCAGGCCUACCUGGCUUCCUCCAGUGAGGAGGAGGACGAUGAUCAUGAGGUCGAGGCAGAAGAGGUGAAGCCAGUGAACCUUGUGACAGAGAAGAAAGGAGGGAAGAAGGGAAAGAAGGAGGAAGAGCAGAUCGUGAAAUACCGUGAGCUUCUGCAGAACAUCCAGGAUAAAGAAAGGAAGGAGAAGGACAAAGACAUGGAGAUGGAGAUCACAUGGGUGCCAGGAUUAAAGGAGAGCGCUGAGAAACUGGUGAAGAAGAAAAUGGAGGGAAAAGACCAAAUGACUCCAUGGGAGGAGUUUCUGGAGAAGAAAAAGGACAAGAAGAAAGAGAAGAGGAAAGGAAAGAAGGAAGUCGAGGACCAGGAAAAGGUAGCUAUCAGCGAUGAUGAACUUCCACCUGAUGUUGACCUGGACGACCCCUUCUUCUCUGAGGAGCUGGGAGGAUCUACUGGGACAGCACAGAAAGUCAAGAAAUCAAAGAAAAACAAAAAGGGGGAGGAGCAACUAACAGCAGAAGAGGAGGCUGAGCUUGAGAAACGGAAGGCUGAAAUGGCUCUCCUGAUGGACGACGACGAAGACGAGAAACACCGGCAUUUCAACUACGAUCAGAUCGUGGAGCAGCAGAACCUGAGUAAGAAGAAGAGGAAGAAGCUCCUGAAGAACAACGCACUGCUGGAGGAGGACAAAUUCAAGGUGGACUUGCAGGAUCCGCGCUUCCAGGCCAUGUUCACGUCCCACCUGUACAACCUGGAUCCCUCGGACCCGGCAUACAAGAAGACCAGAGGCACUCAGAGCAUCCUGGAGGAGAAACAGAGGCGGCGGGAGGAGCAGCAGCAGCAGCGCAGCCAGCAGGAGGCACUCCAGAAUCAGGAGAAACCCAGCAAGAAAACAGAGGAGAAUCAGAGCAGGGAUGUCGGGGAGACUACGACAGAAUCGACGUCGGCGGCUCCGAGUAAAAACCUGGACCCGAGCCUGUCUUUACUUAUCAAAUCUGUGAAGAAAAAGACCGAGCAAUUCCACGCCCGCAAGAAACAGAGGACGAAAUAGAUCCGGGGCAUUGAUUUGACUGCGUUUUAGUGUAUGUGUUUGGAACUGAAUUUAUACAAUUUCUCAAUUUCUGAUGUAAAGUUAUUUUGUACAGGAGACGUCAUGACCUUAAAACUAUCCCAUAAAACAUUAGUCAUCCGAGAUCUAAAAUAUUUCACUAUUUUUCCCCUUCUUGUUUUAUCAGAAACUUAUCUUUUAAAUAAAUAAA